UCACUAGUGAGGUUUUGUUGUGUCUUGUUUCGUUCAGUUCAAGUGAGCAAAGCCCAAAUCCGCGAGACAAAAUUUUAAGAUUCUGCUUUGCUCUAUAGCUAAUUCAUGAUAUUUUCGGCCAAACCAUCUUUAUUCUGAUUUAAGAACCUGCACUCAACGAAACCGCAAUGGAUGUUUUUUUGAUGAUUAGACGAAAGAAACUUACUAUAUUUACCGAUGCAAAAGAUACAACAACAGUUCUGGAACUGAAGAAGAUCAUUGAAGGGAUACUUAAAAUUCCACCUCAAAACCAACAGUUAUUUAAUAAAGACAAUACUGUUAUGGAAGAUGCUCAUAUGUUACAAGAAUACGGAUUAAAUUCUACUUCGGCCAAAGCUCAAAGUCCCGCAACAAUAGGAUUGGCAAUUAGAGACGACAAUGGCAGCUUCGAAGCCUUAGAUUUGGUGCCAUAUUCCGCUCCUCCAGAUCUGCCUGAUGUAAUGAAAUCGCAAGAAGCCAACGGUCAAGAACCGGCUAAUUAGGAUAAUUUUCUUUGAUUUUUAUUUGGUAAUUUUAAGUUUAGUGCAGGGCAUUUUGAAAUCGGUGUCUCAAAUAACUGCAACACGAGCGGUUAUUAAAAAGGGAAUCAUUUGCUGUUUGAAAAUGUUUAAUUGCAAUUUGUCAGAAUAUUAUUUCAGCAAAUGCAAACCAGUAUUUGCACUAACUCUUACUUACGAAAGGAGCAGCUGUAAAUCUUUAUUGUAAUUGAUGGUCAAGAGAUUCUUAAAGUAUCUGGUAUAACUUUUCUACUUCUUUCGGCUUAUCGUGUAACAAAGCAUUGCUUUGCAUAACCAGCCCCAUUAGAAAUUGUUUUAAGAUUGUUCUUAUUUUGAUACAUAGUAUCGAAGGAUUUGAUCAAUUUGGAAUAGACAAUGCCUUUGGAUAUGCAACUUACAUAAAUUGUGGCAUGACGGGACGAGUAUUGAAUCUAGUACUUACACAGCGAAAGCAUAUUAAUUUUAAAUUGAACUUUCAUGCGUUAUAAAAUUUCCACUGGAAUAUCAAUCUGACAAUAUGCAACCUGAUUGCUGACUUCCUAUGCCUCAUUGCACUAAUGUUCUUUUUGAAUGCACUCUUCAAAUGGAACUGAAUUUUAAUUUGUUUUAUGUAAUUGUGAAUCAUCUAUAAACUGAACAUUUUUUUUUAUAUUUCACAGAACAACAUCGAUAUUUGACACUAUAUGGGUAACAUUUCAAAACAAUUCAAUUUGUACUAUAAUCUAGGCUUUGCGUGUAUAAAUUAUUUUCUAGAUAAGAUUUUGUUUUGUAGUAUAAUACCGUGAUAACUCUUAAGUUAUUGAAGGUACAGAUUCAUUGUGUAAAAUAGAGACAAAAACAAACGGGCA